CUCCAUGCCUGCACCUUCCUCCUCACUCGACUCUGCUGAUUACGACCCGGUCGACCAUCUGAACGACAUAUUCUCCCACCCCUCUACACUAUCCUCUAUAUCAGCAACCUCCUCGACGCUUCGGAGCUACCAAGAUGACCUGGACGAGGACAUCGCGACCUUUGUCACCUACCAAACCGCUUCAGACGCCGAUAGUGUACAGCGCAUCCAAGAUGCAAAGGCCGAGCUUGCAGACCUUUUCAAGAAGAUCGAGAGCGUGCGGGAACGCGCAAUGCAGACCGAGCAAACAAUCACCGACAUGACGGCGGAUAUUAAGAGACUGGACAAUACCAAGCGGAAUCUCACGCUAUCUAUGACGGCUCUGAAACGCUUGCAGAUGUUGACAACAGCAUACGAGCAGUUGCGAGGCUUGAGCAAGAGCAGACAGUAUAGGGAAUGUGCGCAGCUGUUGCAGGCAGUCAUUCAGCUUGUUGCGCAUUUCAAGAGCUAUAGGUCGAUUGAUCAGAUCGCAACGCUGAGUCGAAAUGUAGCGGAAUUACAGCGCGAGUUGCUGGAGCAAGUAUGCGAGGAUUUUGAAGUCGUUUUCGCCAAAAUGGAGGUUGCUCAGCGCAGGCCGAUGCUCACAGAAGCAUGCCUUGUGAUUGAUGCGCUUGGUGAUCAUGCUAGAACGAGGCUCAUAAAUUGGUAUUGUAAUACUCAGCUACGCGAAUAUCGACAAGUUUUCCGCGGAAAUGACGAAGCUGGCUCGUUGGACAACAUCUCUCGGCGGUACUCUUGGUUCAACCGCAUGAUGAAAACGUACGACGUCGAGCACGCCGCUAUAUUUCCUGCCAAUUGGAAAGUCAAUGAGAUGCUGGCGAACUCUUUCUGCGAGGGUACGAGGGAUGAUUUCAAGGGGAUAUUGCAGCGAUCCAUGCGAAAAGAGGGUGGUCAGACUUUGGACGUCGACCUACUUCUCUCGUGUUUACAGGAAACCCUUGAUUUCGAGCAAAGCUUGGAACGAAAAUUCUCUAAUGAGUCUCGAUCUUCGAUGGACACUAUUGUUUCGAAAGAUGAGAAGAACCAAGGGUUUAGCCAAUCUAUCUCCGAGGCAUUCGAGCCCUAUAUGCGACUAUGGGUCGAAUCUCAGGACAAACAACUUGCAAUCUUGAUACCGAGAUACCGACAACAACCACUACGCAAUACCGAAGAGGAAUUCUCGGCCCAGGCCGUGAUACCCUCGUCCACCGAGCUGUUUUCCUUCUAUCGUCUCACGCUUGCCCAAUGCGCCAAACUAUCGAAAGAAUCAAGCUUGUUGGAACUUUCCGCUACAUUCGCAAAAUAUCUUGAUCAGUAUGGACAGCAAGUUCUGUAUUAUUUCUUGAGCGAGCGAUUUGGUGCCUCGGGUCCAUCUGUGGAAGACGCUGUCCUGAUCCUGAACACAGCCGACUACUGCUACAUGACAUGCAACCAACUAGAAGAAAAGAUCAAGAGUCGUAUCGACGAGAACCUCCGAGAGAAAGUAGAUUUGCAAAGCCAAGCGGAUGCUUUUAUGGGUAUUGCUAGCGCUGCCGUGCGAUUCCUCGUUCGCAAAGUCGAAAUUGCUUGUGAACCCAGUUGGCGUGAGAUGCGAAACACUCCUUGGAGUAAGCUGGAAAGUGUCGGAGACCAAAGCACAUACGUUGCAGAACUAUUGCGCCACGUGAAAGAACAAUCGGGGGAGAUCCUGACACAUCUUCACAAACAACAGUAUGCAAGAGCGUUUUGCGACAACCUUGUAGACCAGAUGGCAAUGACCUACAUCUUGAACAUCAUACAGAGCAGACCGAUCAGCGAAGUCGGGGCUGAGCAGAUGCUAUUGGACAGUUAUGUGUUGAAGAAAGGAUUCACAGAAGUCCCGGUGGUCAACGAGGAACCUGGCACAGCACCACCCGCAGCCUUCGUCAAACGCGCAACUCAGACAAUGUCCAAGAUCGACCCCCUUCUCAAAACCAUCCAGGUCCGCCCUUCGCCCCCCGAAGCCCUCGUCCAGGCAUACCUCAUCCACAUCGCCGACAAAUCCGACACCAAUUUCCGCAAGAUUCUCGACCUCAAGGGUGUGCGCCGUGCGGAACAGUCCACUCUGAUGGAUCUCUUCAACGCGUUCAAGGGAUCACCUAAUCACGCCAACCUGGCUCAAAAUUCGACGCUGUUGACCCCGUUACAACUGCAACCGGGUCAUGGCGGUGGGAUUGGCAGCAUCGGGAAUACAAGCGGCGUCAUGGGAGGUAUGGGCACAACCGGCCUGAGCGUAGGAGGACGGUUUGAUCCGACAGGGUUGGGUAACGCCAUGGUGAGCGCGGUGCGUGAGGGUGUGGAUCGCUUUGGAAGCCCGGCGCCUGGAGAAGCGGGAGCUGCUUCUGCAAUGGCCGGAACGGAUGGGAGAACGGGUGAGGCCAAGGCAAAUCUGAAUGAGAACCUGAAGAAUAUCGGCAAGUUCUUUAGGAGAGAUGUCGGUGGGUUCAGGGGGUUCGGACGGAGUGAUGAAGGGAGGUAG